AUUUUAUUUUUUUACUGAAUUCAGAGUGCUAAGUGUGAUUGUCAAAAGUACGACGCGUAUUUGAACAAAGGACUUAAGCAACGAACGUCAUGGCAUUGCAUUACAAAGGAACACAUUUCGGAGCCGCAAAAGGCAAUGACCACAGGACAUUAUCAAUAGUGUUGCUAUUAUUUGCCAUGCUGUGUAUAAGCAAGGUGUCCACACAGGAACCACAACCAUCAAAUGAGUUUGCACCACAAGUUUCGGCAACAUGUAAAGGUGGCACUAUGAACAUCAAAGUUAAAUUUAACGUAGCGUACAGUGGAGCAGUGCAUGCGCGUGAUUAUCGCACACCCGCUUGCAUGACAAUGGGCGAUGGAUCAGACGCAGUUGGCUUCAGUUUAAAUCUGUGGGCUAAACAGGGUGCGCCCGACUAUUGCGGUAUCUUGGUCAGCAACGUGAGUGGUGCCAAUCGUACCGAAGAGCGUUCAAUUCAAUUGGCGGUUCGUCUUCAUAAGACCCUAGAAUUAGCUGAUGACAAAUUCUAUGUUAUAACCUGUGGAAAAUCUGGUUUUGCACGAGAUGACAAUGCUCACGUUAUACUAAAAUUCUUAGAAAAUGACAGGCGAGUACGUGAAACGGUUUAUGGACAUGAGUACAAAUUACGUGCGGAGUUCACGAGACCAAAUGGCACUCAUGGCAUACGCGUUGGAAAUUGUUUGGCUUUUGAUAAGAAGAAUUUCAAUAUCACUUUGCUAGAUGACAGAGGUUGCCCAAAGAAUCCUUCGAUAAUUACACAAUUUGUAGCGAGUGCCGAUGGUCAUUCUGCUGAUGCAACUAUUAAGUCUAUGUUCAAGUUCCCUGAAGGUUCUGAGUUGCAAAUACAAUGUGAUGUUAUUCAAUGUUAUGGUCGCUGUUUGGAAGAGGAUUGUAAUGAAGUUGCAAUAGCAGGUGCUGGUUUCACAAAAGGAGGUGGUCGUAAAGUAGGUCCGAAUGAAGAAGGUACAAGUGUAGCCGGUACAACAGUAUAUGUACUUGAACCAGCUGAAGCCUCAUUAAUUUCUGGUACUUGUGAAGAAGGUGGUGUACGUCCAACCUGGUUACUUUGGUUGGCGAUUACAUUAGGAGUGCUUUUCCUAAUUAUGUUACUUAUGAAUAUAUUCCUUUGCACAGCAAUGAGUUGCAGUUGUGCGAAUACAGAGAUCAUUGAGAAAGAGCCUUCAAUAAUCGAAGAAUAUGAUCCAUAUAGAAGUUGGCAUGGUAGUCAAUAUGGUUCACGUUAUUCGCUACAUGGUCGCGAUGCGCAUAAAGGUUACACCAGUGGCGGUUCAACAAUACACUCAAAUAGGUCUGAUAGAUAUUAAGUUUAAGUAAUAUAUUUAUAUAAACAAAUUGCAUAUACAAUUAUUUCGUAAAAUUUCAAAAACUCGAUUUAAAUUAAAAACUUCAAAAGCAACAAAGCAUGCCUUUAUACUGUGUUCUACUCUAUUUUUACAUACUCGUAAAGUAAUUUGUAUUUUAUUUAUACUAUCAAUAGUAAACAAAAACAACAAUAUUAUUAUUAUAAUUAUUAUAUACAUAUAGACCGACACCAUUUUUUUUAUAACUUCAGUUCAGUAUAAUUCUAUCAAAAAAAUUGUUACUAAUAUAGUAUUUUUAAAAUACCUACAUUCUCAUAAUUGUUUGUAAACUACUUUACUACUUAUAUUAAUACAGUAACGUAAAAGUAAAAAAAAACGCAGCACAAAUUUAACCAUAAUAUAUAAUCGUACAAACACUAACUCUACUCUUCAAAAUCCAUAA